AUGUAUUGUCGAAGAAAAGAAGCAACUGCAGUGACGACGACUCCAUCUCCACCACUGGGAGAUCUCCUCGCAGCUGUUCAGCUUGACGACCUUCAAGAGCCUACAGAUCAGACGGAUGGCCUUGCAAUCAUCGCUGAUAGUCAGUAUCUUACGUCCUACAACUGGCUCUACAGUGUAGAGCAUCAGAUCUUCGUUCCAAAUAGGAGUGUUUUCAUAUACAGUGAGCCACCGGCCUGGACACCUCCCUCCAAGCAUCCCAAGCUUCAGGAAGACUCCGGUCAAUACUAUCGUGAUUUGAACGCUGCAAGAUCUCCCAUCUACCCAGUGGACCCAAUGAUCCAAGCAGUCUUGACAGAUAAAUCCGAGUUUUAUUUGGACAGCUUGGACAUUGUUGGGUGUAGUAGCAUGAUGGGUAAUCUCCCUCGCUUUGUGCGUGAGCAAAACAGACCUUUCAGAAUGCUUGUGGGGGUCAUUGGGAACACCGUCUUCUUGAUCUGGAGAGAGAACUCACCCACCGAAAAGAUCAUCGGGGUGUUUGGAUAUGGAUAUGCCUUUCCCGAGGCAAAUACCACAUGA